AUGGAACGUUUGAGCGUCGACUACGGCAAGAAGUCAAAACUGGAGUUCUCUGUCUAUCCGGCUCCCCAAAUCUCAACUGCUGUUGUUGAGCCUUACAACUCUAUUUUGACUACGCAUACAACACUGGAGCAUUCGGACUGUGCCUUUAUGGUUGACAAUGAGGCAAUCUAUGAUAUAUGCCGGUAGGUUGAUGUCCAUUUCGUUUAACGCGACUUUUUAGGCGCAACUUGGACAUUGAGCGUCCGACAUACACUAACCUGAAUCGUCUGAUUGGACAAAUUGUGAGCUCAAUCACUGCCUCGUUGCGUUUCGAUGGUGCUCUGAACGUCGACCUGACUGAGUUCCAGACGAACCUGGUUCCCUACCCACGCAUUCACUUCCCUCUGGCCACGUAUGCACCCGUGAUUUCCGCAGAGAAAGCGUACCACGAACAACUGAGUGUCGCUGAAAUCACCAAUGCAUGCUUCGAGCCGUUCAAUCAGAUGGUGAAGUGCGAUCCACGACGCGGCAAGUACAUGGCUUGCUGCAUGCUUUACCGUGGCGACGUUGUCCCGAAGGAUGUGAACGCUGCCAUCGCGACAAUCAAGACGAAGAGGACAAUUCAGUUUGUGGAUUGGUGUCCAACCGGUUUCAAGGUGGGCAUCAACUACCAACCGCCGACUGUGGUGCCAGGCGGUGAUCUGGCGAAGGUUCAGCGAGCCGUCUGCAUGUUGAGCAACACGACGGCAAUUGCGGAGGCCUGGGCACGUCUGGAUCACAAGUUUGAUCUGAUGUACGCGAAGCGUGCCUUUGUGCAUUGGUACGUCGGUGAGGGUAUGGAGGAAGGAGAGUUUUCGGAGGCCCGUGAAGAUUUGGCAGCCCUGGAGAAAGACUAUGAGGAGGUUGGCGUUGAUAGUGUGGAGGCCGAGGGUGAAGAAGAGGGCGAGGAGUACUAA